AUGGCCCGCCUUUCCCUCCUCGCCCUUCUCGCCACGAUCGCCAUGGCCGGCGCCAGCGGCGUGCUGGCCAGCAGCGACGCCGCCCAGGCGCUUGAGGCGGCCGACGUCGACGAGGCGGGCAACGUGAUGCAAUACAUCAACUCGGUCUUUGGCGACGAAGACGACGACGACUACAGCGAGGAGGAGCUGGCCCGGCGCGACCUGAUGCGCCGCGGCAAGCACCACCACAAGCACUCGCGCAAGACCAAGGGCAAGCAGCACUUUACCAUCGGCACCGACGACUCCGACCAGCUGUGGGACGACGCCGUCAAGAUCACCUGGUACGCCUCCAACGACCUCAAGAACCCGCAGUGCGGCAACGGCGGCGGAAAGUGGCAGCCCGAGAACUCGAGCCACAUCGGCGCCGUCGUCAAGGGCUGGGACAACGGACCUCAGUGCGGCGACUUUGUCAAGCUGUGCAACAAGAAGGCCGACAACAAGUGUGUCAAGGUCCGCGUGAUUGACAAGUGCGCCGGCUGCAAAAAGGGCCACGUCGACCUGACCAAGAGCGCGUUCAAGAAGCUGGCGCCGUCGGGCACGCUCAACGAGGGCGUCGUCGAGAACCUGCAGAUGUACAAGACGUACAAGCCCAACCCCUGGGACAUUGCCCUCUUCGGUCCCAAGCUGCUCCAGGCCCUCAACAACUGA